AUGAGUUGUUAUGCUAAGGCGAAAGAGGAGGCGGAAGAAAUGUGUGUUGAGGGUUGUUGCCCCGAUACCGGUCACCUCAAACCCGUAAAUCUACCGCAGUACUCUUAUCAUCAAACGGUUGUGGAGCACGGUCUCCAUCUGUACACGAACAAAACGGCUCGUGAAAAGCAUCGAAGUGUUAGCGCCGAAGAGGCAGCAGCGGUACCAGACGCUGUUAGUACCGGUAGUUCACCGGAUACGGAACGUUUUAUUAAAGCACAACAACCAAGAUUUUACGCAAACGCAAUGAAACCCGUAAUGCCACCAAUACAUCCACCAACAUCACGUUCAAAAACAUUGGCAUGGUUCCUAGCCGACGAUCUGUUGGCUGAAAAGAAAAAUGCACCGGCAAACGGUUCCAUGAAGACGGAUGGCAAAACUCCACAAGCCGCCGUUCCACCCGCUGGCAAAUCCGAAGACAAAAAACGUCGUCGUGCGUUGCGUCGUGCCAAAAAGAGCGAAGCUGCGCAACUAGAACUAGCUGAAGCGGAAGCUAAUGCUGCCGCAUUGGAAGAUCUGUUCGCUAAUGAUCGUCAGCGAGUGUUGAGCGGUGGUGAUGAUUAUUGGUAUUAUGAUGUGGCAUCGGAUGGAUAUUAUUAUGAACAAAAUGGUGCAAAAGGAUGGAGACGUCGUAUGCCAAAUUCGGCAAUGCAACGUAUCAAAGAACAGGAGAUGGCACAACUGGCAAGUGGUGGCAAGAUGCCAAUCUUGAAUGCUGCACAGGCGCAUGCAUUUUUGCAAAGUGCACUCUUCUCACAACCAGCACUAAAAUACUAUGAUGCGAAUUCUGAUGGAUUUUUCUAUGAGAUGGCCUCAGUCGACGGUUGGAAACGUCGUCAACCUAACAAACCAGUACAUCAAUCACUAAAUGGUCUAAAUACUGCCACGGUACCAACGGCAGCAGCUGCGGCACCCACGAAUGACACCAGUCGCAAUAGUUAUGGCGCAACUUUGGCCCGAGGACAAAUUCCACGUCCCCAUUGUGUACUCGAUGAUAGUAGCGCUUCUUCAUCGGUUAGCGAGGAUACCAGCUUACAGGACGUGUUCGGUCUAGACACAGCAUUCAGUGGAUUAACAAUGGGAUGUGAUAGUCCAUUCCGACCAACGCUUAACUCGUCCUCGACCACUACAAACUCGACCACAUCGACUAACACCGUUAACAACAACCAUAAUACUACCACCACCGCAGCUACCGUAUCCCGACCAGAUUCGCUAUCACUUUGUGAUCAGAUUCUACCUGGAUUUAAUGCCGAUAAAUUUAUCCAGGAUCUAUCAUUUUCCGGACUGGAUCCGGCUAAGGUCCUCGGUUCUGUUUCGCGCACACCAGCCGAUCCAUGGGCAUCGCGAUGUGGUGGCUGGACUUUACCACCAUUUGACAAGCCGACGACGACGUUCACAUCGUCACUGAUUGAGGAGGAUGACAACUCGUCCAUGCUUCUCAAGGACCUCGAGAAGAUUUGGGCGACGCCAGUUGGCGGUCUAAAUGCCUGAGAGAAAGAUGUAAAAGAGAGAGGAACAAUUAGCGCUAGGACUGGCUGAUUCAUCAGCGUAGCCGCCCGACAUUGAACAUUUAUACAAAAUUAUACAUUUUAUAUACAGACACAGCAUGAUUCUGUUUUUUGUUCUUCCUUAGUUUCAUCGCAACUCACUCAAAACUUGCUCCUUGUAUUAGCGUAUCGUACUCAUCGUGCUUUCCGCCCCCUGUUCGUUGAGCGCGUAUGUUAUCGAAAUGUACAUAGUUAUAUCUAGGAUGCAAGCGUAUUAACUCUAGCUUACAAUUUCUUCCUCGAGAAGUUCUGCGGAAUGUCGUCAGUCGUUCAGUAGAGAUUCAUCACUGUUGUGUUUUUCUUUCUCUUCUCUUCCUCUUCCUUUUUUUUGGAUUUUGUUCGCCUUCAUCUCUUUCGUUUCGCCUACCUUCAAUUGGGGUGCAAGACGACGAGUGUGUGACGACGGCGGUGGUGCAGCUGUAGAUCGGCUUAGUGACCGCCUCGUCUCAAAUUUUAUAUCCAUCCCCUUGGAAUUUUGAUUUUUUGUGAAAAUUGUAGGAUUUAUAACGUUUUGUGUCCUCGCUUCCAAGGCGCGUUCUUUCCCAAUUCAAUUCGUUUUCUUUUUUUGAGGGCUUCGUGUUUUGGAGUUACAUAUCUGCCGCGUGUUCUUUGAAUUUUCCUCCGAUGUUGAUGUAUCUGCAACGUCUGUAAAAGUGCGUAGGAAACCACUACUGGUGCAGGGACAUGUCCCACCAUCCCCCAACACAAUCUGUGCUUUGUUCUGUUGUGAAAAACUCUUGGUACAUUGUUUUUCUUUUUGCUGAAUUGUAGAGCUGUCCGUGUGCUUUGUGCUUUGUGCCUUGGGGUUGGCGCGCAUGUCUUCGAAAAAAACUUAGCCUUGCAUCCACACUUUGCCACAAUUCUAUACAUAGUUUCUAGGUCAUAUCCCCUUUUUUCAUCAUGUAUUUUUCCUCUUUUCCUUCGCUUAUUGAGAGCUGUUGUGUUCUCAUGGCUUUAUGUGUGUCAUGUUAGUAGAUGCGGCGAGUGUUUCCUCCUCUACGCUCUUCUGUCUGACAAUUUAGUUCACAUAGUUGAUAUAGCUAGGACCUGUAUAGUAUAAUUACAGUAAGAAUUAGGCGUCACUUUGCUAGUGUUGUCCGAAUUCUUUUCUGUCUAGGAAGCAUUUGAAGACGUGGUACCUCUGUGCUCUAUCGUCGUGAAGUUGAUGUCUGUAGUUUUGCGUCAAUUGUGUAGGAUUAAGCCCUCUUUUCCAGCCCCCACUUACAAUUCAUCACAUCAUCUUUUUCCUUCGAUCAUCACUAUUCCAUUCAUCCAAUUCAUCAUUCAUUCGUCCAUCCUCCCCCAUCAUCGCAUCACGAAUUCCUUGAGUACGGCGGGUCGUUUGCUGUAUGUCUGUCUUCGAUGUGUGUCGCUAUGUCUGUAAUUGUUCGUGUCGAGGUACGUAAUAAGAGGAGUAGUGCAUAUUAAACAUGCAUACGAUAUAUAUGUACUGUAAAUAUAUAUAUCGUCUGUACAAUAAUAAGUUUUUUCUCUUUUUUUUCUGAUUUCUGGUUAGAGUUUCUGUUACAUAUGUGUACGAAGAUAGUUCUAUGCACAUGUUCAUUUUGUCUGUCUCUUCUUAGCCAUCCACCACCCCCUGAAAAUUUCACUUCAACGAUACUUUGCUUUGAUUUACGCUGUGUAUUGUUUUGUGUGAUGUAUGAUGUAUUUCCCAUCCUCCAUACGUCCACAUUACAUUUCAUUUUUUUCGUCUGUUAUCUUUAGUAGUGUAAUUCGGCUGAGGGAAAUCAUAAAUAUGAAGUUUAUUC